AAGGGGAAUUAUCUUCAGUUGCUCCCAUGUGGCCUCAACCAACUUACGUGCCAGCAGAGUAACCCCACUCCUCAAACCCUCCUAUAUGAAAUGGAAAAAAAAAGUAGUGUGAGAUUUUCAGACCAGCUACUUAAUUUAACUCUUGAAGCCCUCCCUCUCCCAGUCUAAGGGUUGAUCCGUAUGAGGUCAUUGAUAAACCAAGCUAUUUAAGCUAAGAACUGAAGACCUUCAUCCUAUGCUCUUCUCCUUUCGUAAUCUGUGUCUACUUUUCUUGCUGUGAAUCACCAUGCCUCCAAAGAAGGACCUGCCUGUAAGAAAGCCUCUAGCAAAACCUGUAGUCAAGUCCAAGGCACCUGAGGCAUCUCCUGCACUAGCUCCUGUUCCCAAAUCUAAGGAACCAGAACCAAAACCAGUACCAGUACCAGAGAAGCCCAAAGAGGCUCCCAUUGACCUUUCCAAAGUGGAGGUGAGUAGGAGGAAUCUUGUUUCUGAGGUGAUAAACUGCUUUGGGGAGGAAAGGGGAAAGUGCACUGAGACACUAGCACUAGGGAUUCCACAAUCACCAUUUUAAAAUAAUUUGGCAAGUUAUAAGCAAAAGUAAUUAAUCCCCACAAUAAUCCUAUAGAUUUUUUAGAUCACUCACUUUGAAAAAUCUGAUUGUUAUGGGUCACUGAAAACCAUUGUAAGAUCAAAUCAGGUUCUAAGCAAUAAACAGGUUUACUUUUCAAUUUUUUUCUGACCUCGAAUUAAUAAGCUUUCCAAAUGAUUCAGUACUGGUCACUAUUAAAGCCUUUGGGAAUUUCUGUAAGUAAAUAAUUUGAAAGGUCUUCCAAACAGAAUUGAAUAAUUUUUAUAUCUUGAUUUGUUUUGGGGUUUUUUCAAGGUCAAAGUGUUAUAUUUAUAAUUUGUCUUCCUUGACCAAACACUGCCCAACUAGGAGUUUAGUAACAAUCUCUGACUUAGUGUAAUGUGCCUGGUAAUUUUUAACCCUCUGCAUGCUCACUAGUCAGGAAUGGAUACUGUUAAUAACAGUUCAAUAUAUCGGUCUAUUUUGUCCUGAUUGCUUUUCAGGUUUUUGAAAUGGAAAUUCAACAAAAAAUAUAAGGGUUUAACUUAAUUGAAGUAGAGUAAAAAAUGAAUAGCAAAAUAACCAAACGAUGAGUCUUGUUAACUAAUUAUAAUUUUUUCGAAAUAAAUAUUUUGGCCUAAAUUUAGCAAUUUGGAUUUAACUCUGAACACUACAAAUGAACCACCAGAAAUAGAAAAUGUCACAUGAGAUUAGAAAGCAGUUAGAUUUAGUGUAAAAAAAAAAAAAGUUAUCCAUUAGUAUCGCAACUUUGGUUUUUAAAUAAACGUUUUCUUGUUUUAGCUCAACGCAAAUGCCUUCCUCUGAGGCACUGAACGGCAUUUGAUGCGUAUUAACACGAAUCCCAUAAAUCUUUGGGCAUGUGCAGAAUGCUCAGAGUGGUGCACAGAUAAUUGCUGAAGAUUGGUUUUAUGAGCUAGGUUUUCAAAGAACCCAACCCAUUUCAGUAACACAACACAAACCAGUUUGGAGUUUUUUGCCACACUUUUGAGCAGUCUUGUGAGGUUACAUCGACGCAUAGUUCUCAAGACGAAUGAAAUUAUGUGGUUUAUUUACUACACCGUGAAUUAUAACGUGGGAUUGUGAAUCCCCGCCACCCCUAAAUAGAAAAAGAAUAAAGCAAAAACGUACCUUUAAUCCUGCACCAAGGCUAAGUUCUCCGGGAGCCUGGUCUUCCUCCGAUGACCGCAAUCCCUCUUGAUGUAGGUGGAGGGAUGUCAGCGAGGCAGAAUAAGGAGGUGGCAUGCUGCCAUUGGUCAUCUCUUGCCGGCAUGCUGUACUUGUUGAUGACCGACAUCCAAUAUGCACGGAACUGACAUUACCCAGCUUGGAAUUCCUGUUCAGGGCUGGCUAAUGGUGCUUUAAUACUGCUGCUGGAGGCAGUAAAGGGCUACAGCUUUGUAUGUGCAGCAUUUAAUUUUGAAACGCAUGCAGACUCCAAGCACAAUCACCACUUCAAAUCUCUGAAGUAGUCAAGGUGCUUGAAGUAACCCUUUAUUGAACAAACUCCCAACUGACAUGAUGAGGUGUCUGUAAGCUGAGACAAAAUAUCUUUGGAGAUAUGUGAAAUGUUGUAUUAUGAAGGCAUAUUAAGAAAAUAAAUUAAAAUCUUUAUUUCUGGACAGCCAAGUGACAUUACAAGCAGCAUAAUAACAUAGACAGUGAUAAAGGAGUGAUCAUCAUUAAUGCUCCACGAGAUUGACAUUUUAUAAAGAAUAGAAAUGAAUGUAAUAACAUUUCAAGACCCGAUUCAGUGCAGCUGAAAGAACAGUAAUAAUAUGGAUGAUGAUGAUGCAACAAGGUUUACAUUUUAUUUGUGUGCAUUUUCUAUGCAGUGAGCACAUAAAAGAACGUAGAUAUGUAUGUGUUUGGUCUAAUAGAGAGAUUUCCAGCUGAUGCUAAUGAUUCAGUCAUUGUGGUGUAUAAAUAAUAAAUAAUGCAGUAAUAGACAUAAACUGUAAAGCUACAUCUAUUCUUAGAGCACUGUUCUUCCUUUAUAAGGGUAUAGUGAGGAUGUGCAGAUAUACAAUAUAAGUACACACUGCAGAAAGAGACUUAACUGCUGGAGAACAUUAUCAGUGUAGUCACUAGGCCCUAUUAACCAUUUAUUUACAUUGAGGCUUUGAGUACAGAUGUGUGAAACUAUGAACAUGUAAUUUCUGCCUUACCAACAUUUAAAGGUUCCCUUGCUAACCUCUAAGAAUAGCUGUGUGAGAUUUGUGUGUUUAAUCUUUUUCGCUGCUCUUAUUCUGAUUGUUCCUCCAUAUUUGGUCAGAAACCCUCUAAGAAUAGUUUUGCAGAUAAUCUUCCAGCUGCCUGCUGCUAAUCCUGUGCUAUGCCUGAUUACUAUGGAUUGACAUGACCCUUAAGGCUUUGCUAGCUUGGAAAGAGUAUUCAACUGGAUCUAUCUCCCACACACCAUCCAGUGAUCAAAGGUUCACUUCCUGACCAAAAAUCCAUAUCCACAUGCUCAACUAAUCUACAUAUAAGAUAUAAGGAUUGCUACUGAAAAGACAUUGGGAGAUUUAGUGGGAAAAGUCGCCGUCUUGUUUCCAGCCAUUGAAACAGUGCCAGUUGGUAAUUUAAAGAUGGCUGUCCCCUGAGUUUUUGUUCUGUACAACACCAUACACCUAUAAAAGCAUGUAUUUUGGAAACAACAACCACCUUAUAGAUAUCUGACUCCACCUCCUGAUGCUACUACUCAUUGACAGCCAAUAUUCAGACCUGUCUUUUAGGCUGCCCAAGAUUUGAUGGCCACAGGCAAAGUCGAAAAGGGUAACAUCAGACAUCUUAUUAAAGUGGUUAACGCAUGUCUAAGGGGUUUAUACCCAGAAAAUGUAACGUUUGUCAUAAAAUGUCCCAAAUGUUUGCUAAAAAUCAUUACCCUCCUCUCCGAUCAUCAAAAAAUGGUGGGGGAGGAAACUGCAGAUAUAAUCAUGGCAGACACAGCAUGUUUUUUAUAGCACACAUCAUUAGUCUUUACCACAGUAGAUCUGUUGUUGUUUUUUUUUGUGGUUUUUUUUAAGCAACAAAAACUUUGGGGCAUUGCCCCACCUCCUCCUAUGAUCCACCUCUGCUGGUCACAGUAAGGGUUCUCUAAAUUCCUAACACUAAGCCCCCUUUAACUUUGUGUCCAGGGUCCCAAUGCUCCUGUAGACUUAACUGAUAAAAAAAAUAACUCCCCGCACACCAGUUGUGUAAAAUAAUAUUAAUAACUUGGCCUUGCUUAUUAUUGUGAAGACAGCUACUCUAGUAGUAAAGGGACACUGUAAGAACCAGAAUCACUGCAGCUUUAUAUAGUGGUUGUGUUGUGAAGAGACUCUCCGUGCAGUUUAACAAUAGUAUAUACUGCCUUUUCAGAGAGUGGCUCCACCACUCCUCAUUCCUGAGGAAGGUCUACUGCACUAUCCACCAGUUCCACCUCUACUUAGAAUGCAUACAUUGUCUGAGCAUGUCAUCUGAUUCUUAUGCUUCGAGUGUCACUUUAAAUAUACUGUGACUGCAAAAGCAAUGUAAUCCAUUGAUGCUAGCUCAAGGUUAACAACACAAUAAUAAAGUGAGAAAAUGAAUUAAAGAAUAAGGAGGUAGGAGAGGCAGAAAAAAAGUGUGCAAUGGGAUGAAAGCGGAUACAUGAGAAAUAUAUCUGAAUGAGUAAGAAGAACAGACUUAAACAAGAGAGAGCAGGUAGGAAAGAACGGCAUAUGUGCCAGGGUAAGAACAGGUUAUCGAGGAUAAAGAGAGAGGGCUUAGGCAGGAACAGUAAUCAGGUACGUGAAAACAAACAAGGGCAAAUCCAGGGAGAGGCAGUGUUAUAUGCCUUUGAUAAUGAUCCUUCUGCCUCAGGUGGUCUUAGAUUGAUAGGUUAGGGUAAGGGUUGGGUACUCCUUAACUAACCCUAACUCUACUGCUAACUCUAACCCUACUUCUAGCCUAACCCUACCCCAACCCCAAUCCUACCCCUAUCCGUUUUGCCACUUUUCAGAAGUCCAGGGCACUUCUGAAAUUCAGCACUUCGGCCAUUCGGAAGCAUCCAAAUGUCUGAAAUUAGUCUGAAUUUCCAUUCGAACCGAACUGAAUUGCACAUGUCUAUUAAAGGAACACUAUAACAAACCUGAGUUUCUAACGCUAUAGAGUACCUGUCCCUAUCUAGAGUAGACCCCCCACCAGUUUGCUACAUUUACAACCAAUGCUUUUCUACGAGCUGCUGCAUCAGUGACUGUGUUUUACUCAGUAUGACAGCCACUACUGGCGUUUUAAACUCUUCAAUGUAAAUAUUGCCUUUUCUGCAAAAGGGCAAUGUUCUGCCAGUCAGACCACAUUCAGACCACAGUGAGAUGAAUUGGUCUGGGUGACUUUCGUGGUCCUUUAACUGUGUACUGUAGUAUUGGAUAACUUUGGUAUUCCAGAUUGUGUAUAUUCUAUUACACAAUGAGGUAUGGUAUUCAUUUGUCUCUUUAUGUCACAAUACCCUUUUCUUACUGCAUUCAGCACUGGAGAAUAUGUUGGUUCUUCAUCAAUAAAUAAUAACCUGUAAAACUCAUUAUUACACCACACAAUUGAUUCUCACUGUAGAACAUCAAUAGAACAGUAUGUCCUCCCACACAGUACAUAGACAAUGACUGGAACAUGAGAUGAUAAAAUGUCUUGUGACAUCGUCCAGACUUAACUGGUACAAAGCCAAAUUUCCAAGAAUUGCAGUUCCACAUCACAUGUGUUAAGAAGAAGCUCAGAUUUCAAGGAUUUAGAUUGUCUUCACUAGGAAGGAAGACAAAGUAUACAUGUGUUCUGUGCUGGGCAGGGUACUCUACAAGGACACUGCAUACCACAAUGACAUGUUGGCAAACUAUAGAGGAAACCUUUUACUCAGUGUACCCAUUGCCCUGCUUGUUUUAACCCUCUGAUUCCAUGUUUGGUGUAAAUCUUACAGUCAGGGUUUUGAAGAGAUAUCUGGCACAAGUUUGUGCAUUUAGUAGGUAGCUUCCCAGGCUUGGGCAGAAUGACUAUGUGCUCUACGAGGCCGCCAUCAGGCAGCCUACCCUCCAUACACACAUACCAUACAUUUGUUGAAAAAGUUUAAGAUACCGUUCUCUCUUGGUGUUCUUCCUACCUCUCCCAGUGCUCACUCAGUGUUUCUUUCUCUGGCUUUGCCUCUUCUCCCCAAUCCCUCUCUGUUGGUGUUCCCCAAGGGUCUGUCCAUGGUCCCCUAUUGUUCUCAAUCUACACUGCCUCCCUUGGUAAACUCAUCAGUUCCUUCAGCUUCCGGUAUCAUUAUUAUGCAGAUGACACGCAAAUGUAUUCGUCCUCCCCUGAUUUCUCACCACCCCUCUUGACUCGUGUCUCUGACUGCCUCUGCUAUUUCCAACUGGAUGGCUGCUCAUUUCCUUAAACUGAACCUGUCCAAAACAGAACUUCUGGUCUUACCUCCCUCAAGUGUUGCCACUCUCUUGUCUGUGUCCCUCCAAGUCAAUGGCGCUACAAUCCGCUCGCUGCCUAGAUGUUCUCUUUGACUCCCACCUCUCCUUCACCCCUCAUGUCCAAUCAAUCGCCAAAUCCUGCCGCUUCCAUCUCAAAAACAUUGCGCGCAUCCAACCCUAUUUAAUGCCUGAUAUGGCAACAGUGCUUUUCCAUGCUGCUAUCCUCUCUUGCCUUGACUACUGUAAUCCACUUCUCCGUGGUCUCACGUGUUCCCAACUUUCCCCAUUACAGUCUAUAAUGAAUGCAACAGCGAGGCUCAUCUCCCUGUCCGCCUGCACCUCCCACUCCUCCCCCUUUGUCAGUCCCUCCACUGGCUUCCUGUAAGAUAUAGGGCUCAAUUUAAGAUCCUGACACUUGCUUCUAAAUCUCUACACAAUGCUGCUCCCACCUACCUAUCCUCCCUAAUACACAAAUAUGUCCCAUCCAGACCCCUAUGCUCUAAUGAAGUCCUACGCCUAACCUCUGUUCAUACUCCUACCUCUGAUGCUCACCUUCUCUAGGGCUGCACCGUUCCUAAAGAACGCCCUUCCUUUCUCUGUUAGACUCUCACCCAAUCUCCACUCCUUCAAAAAAUCUUUGAAAACUUACUUCUUUAGGAAAGCAUAAACUGUGAAUAGUUUUCCCUCCCUGCACCCUGAAACUGUCAUCAAAACAAAACACUAAGCCCUCAAUGAAUACUAUCCUAGCAACCUACUUUUCUACCCUAUCCUUAAAUAUUGACCUUUCAUUCAGCCUAAAGAUAAUAUUAGUAGAUUGUUGACUGUAUUUGGGUAAACAUGUUAAUUCCCCAACUUGGGCAGAAACAGUGAAUGCAGCCCAAUAAUAUAUACACAAUCAAAGCUUCUUACAUAUAAAUCAAAUUCAUCUGACACAAUUGUAACAAACAUUGUAUGGAGAGCAGGAGAGAUGUCAUAUCACCAUAGAAUUUGCAAAAGGAGCUCUUUUACCAAUAAAUGGUGAGAUAUACAUUAAUGCUUCUUAAAAACUAAAAAUGAAUCUUGAUAUGAUGUCCAAUUCAGCAAACACCAAUUCAAAACAUUCUAUGGAGAAAUGUCACCAAUAAAUUUUUCAAAAGGCGCUCUAAUAAAUGGUUGCAAAUACUUAAACAUACAGAAGUACACUCUCAAUAACAGACACACAAUCUCACUGAUUUAAAACACACAUACUGACAGACACUGACACAGACUCUCAAUGACAAGCACACAAUUUCACUGAUUGGAAAUACACACACUGACAGACACACACUGAAGACACACUCGCUGACAGAAACAUUCACUGACAAACACAUUGACACACACUCUCAAUGACAGACACACAGUCUCACUGAUUUGAAACACUCACUGGCAGACACACACACAGACACACUCAUUGACAGUCAUACACACCGACAUACACAGUAACACAUUCUUGCACACACACUCACAAAUUAAUUUUAUUUUUUAUUUAAUUUUUUUAGGCCCAUACAUCGUCCCUACCUUUUAGAAGCGCUGGUGGGUGUCCUCUUCCUGCAGUCCAGUGGGGAUCUUCUCCCUGGGGUCCAGUGGGGAAUGGGUUUUCUUCCUGGAGUCCAAUGGGGAUGGAUUUCCUCCCUGGAGUCCAGUGGGGAAUGGAUUUGCUCCCUGGGGUGCAGUGGAGAAUUUAUUUUCAUUUCCUCUCUGCUCCCUCUUGCACCCUCUGUAGUAAUGCAGGGGCCAGAAUGACAUCAUAUUCCAGUUCCUGGCAUCAUUACAAGUGGUUCGCAAGAGAGGAAAUGGUGCCUACUCUGCCUUGCUGAAUGAGUGUCUGCUUGGGGGGUGCCCUAAGGUGGCCACUUCCGGGUCCCCUAGUGACAUCAUUGGCAUGCUCUUCGUGGCGCCAACCACCUUCAAGCGUCAGGAGGAGCUGUGCACAAAACCAGACCUUGUGCGCUCCCUCGAAAAAUGUUGUGCACAAGCACACACCUUAAAGCGAACAGUGUUUGUAAGAUUUUAAACUGUAAUAUUUGUGUGUGCGCUGUACCUUAAUCAGUACUUUGCAUAUAUUUUAGUCUUUAUAGCAGUACCAAUAAUAACAAAUGCAUGUUCUGAGUGUACCCCCUCUCAACCUCCCUCCCCCCCACAGUUCCCUUAUUUUCUGUGUAGCACGCAAUGAUAGACAAACACAGCACAUUGACAUGACAUGUAAUUAUAGACACAUCAUCAUCAUGUAAAUACAUACACAAUUUAACACACAUCCUUAAAAACGCAUAUAGUAAGACAGACAAACACCUUUUUGCAGAUGGGACUACCCCUGUUUCUAGCAGUUACACUCGUAGAAACAGUUUAAUUUCAUAAAUUAAAGUUACAUUGAAGGAAUUUGUUUCUAAGGAUACUUGUUGAGAAAUGGAAUGUAGUUGAAGUACUUUCACCUUUACCCUCUAUUCCAGCACUUGGAAAACUCUACAAUCCAAUAGUUGCUAUGUUUAGUGUGCCUAAAAAUGAAAUCUGGGAAAAUGUAAAAUUGUGCAAAGAGAUAAAAAUGCUUAAAUGUCACCCUUCACCUCCCGCACAAAUUCAUUUCCCAUUCCCUCAGUAUCAGAAGAGAAUUUGCUCUUUAAAGUUUUAAUGGAAUCCUCAGGCUCCCCAAACACAGUCACACGUUAUAACAGUUUACCCAGAUCUUCAGAGUAAUGCAUUUAUAAAGUGACACCAUUUUAUAAUUUGUAGCAAGUUUUAUACUUUACAACAUGAUGAUAUAAGAUCCAUGUUUCAACAGAAGAAGCAGUGUUCACUAAACAUGGAAGUCUCCAGGGAUAUUUAAACGUUCGGCUAAAAUAGACAAAAAUUCUCCAAUGUAGUUAGUCUUGGCCUAAAAUUUACAUUUCACUGGCAAAUUUCCACCAAUUCCUGCUAUAGUGAAUCAUAAAUGUCAGUAUGAGUCUGUGUAUGAGUGUCAGUGAGUUUCCCUGUAUGAUAUUGAAAUGUGUAUAUCACAGCAUGUUAGUUUGUGUAUCGGUGUGUAUGCUAAUGUGUAAUUUUGAUUGUUAGUGUAUGUCUACGUGUGCAUGUUAAUGGUGGAGGUGGGUGUGGGGUCUGCACAUGAAGAUGGUCUUGGUUAAUCCCAAACUAUCUUAAAUAUAUAAUAAAAAAUAAAAGGUGCGCUAUACAUAUCAUUUUUGGGCUAUCUCACUUUUAAAGGUGCAGCUUCCCUUUAAUAUAUAUAUUAUUGUUGCACAUUUAAAUAAUAGCACAGAUUGUGCUGAGUUGCUGGAAAGCCGGAGUGAUAGCAGGAAAAGAAAGGUGAUUUGGCUGUGUUCCUGUGACAGCUGAAACUAGAGAGAGGAUUAGCACCUUGUCUUAAAAUAAGAUUUAUUAGAGUGUUGGGUCAUUGUCCCUUUCUCUCAGGAUUCUGUGGCGAUCACAUUGCAGGAGAUUAAACAGUUGGCUGCCCUUGCUUGCAGUCAUCCAGCAAGAACUAAGGGUACUUAGUGACAUAAAAUAAUUUCUAAGAUUGUUCAGUAGCUUCUGACCAAACAACAUCUGAUUUUCUGGUUUGCACUUGUUUUUAUUUAUAUAUGUGUGUGUGCAGAGCAGUAGUGUUUACAGGAUUCAUAUUUAGGGGGGGCACAUGAGGGGCCAGGGGCAAGAGUAGGGGGGGCAGUUAUAAAACAUGUAAAUAUAUAUAUGUGUGUGUGUGUGUAAACACACACACACACACAUAUAUAUAUAUAAUACCAGUAGAGAGCACUCAGGAGUCUUUCAAGGUAAAUUUCAUCUGCUGCUUUAUUGAGCAAUUACAAAUUCACACAACGUUCCAGUCGACGUUUCAGUCUGUAAAAUACUUUUUUCAAGACCAAGGUCUGGGAUUUGUCAGCAAACAUUGAAGCCGCUGGGAGCUUUGAAGCUGGCUGCAGCGGGGAGCAUGGAGGCGGUGCGUGAAAGAGCAGUAACCUUCCUGCAGUUCCUCUCUGCUCCCUCGCGCACUGUUUAGGGACAUGAUGUCACUCUGGCCCCGGCAUCACUACAGAGAGAGCGCAGGGGACCAGAGAGAUACUGCAGGAAGAUUAGAGAGGAGCCCCACUGGACGCCAUGUCCCCCUCUCCUCGUCCCUACUUCAGACACAGAGAGAGAGAGAGCUUGCUAAGUAUUUUUUUUUUUAUGGGAAAUGUAAUGCUAUACACUGUUCAACAUUUAUAUAUAUAUAUAUAUAUAUAUAUAUAUACACAUUUAUAUAUAAUUAAAUCAAAAAAGUGAGUCAGAAAAAAAAUCAAAAAAAUCAGAAAGUGGAGCCUAUAUAUAGUGAAGAGGCACACCAGUGGUAGUAGCAAAAAAGGGCGAUAACCCCUAAAUUGUUAACAUUGAAAUAAGAAAAAAUAAAACAAAACAAAAUCUACUGUAGUGGAGUAGUAGGGGUUAAUCCACAGUAUCUCCGAUGGUAGUCAGGAUAAGCAGGUAAAACACAGGUAGCGUAGUAACAAUCCCUUUCUCCCAAGAACUAGACGACACAUAGCUUGGAGGUCAACUGAGGUUUUAAUCACUGGUCACAGCAUUUAUACAAUUCCCCAUACACAGGGGUUUCAAAAGUGCCCUUGCAAGGGUUUUACAAACGUGGAAUACAUGGGAAACUUAAAUUACAAGACAAUUUCCCAGCAUGCAUUGUUACACCGGAGAGAUGAGUGAUAAGAAUAUACUGAUAAUCACUCGAUCUCUCCAUACAGCCCAAGUUACAAUUUCACAUUAAAUUCUAUAACUUAAAAAGAGAAAAUUAACCGAAUGACCGUUCAUUGAAUAGCUGGGAUUUGAGUGCACCAUCUGGGGAAAUACCACUCAGAUCCCUGCACAUUCAGACGAAUGCCAAUCGAAUGACCUGAUUUCACGAACCACCAUUGCAAUUGUUAAAUACAGUUAGAGUAUUAAUAUGCUGAAAGAAUUAUUGUCCCGAAUGGUCUGGAAGUCCAGCGGUGUUCGGUAAGUCGAGUAGCCGAUUUUAGUUCCAGGCACUCGACGACCAAACACCGCUGUGCUUUCGUGAACAAAAGAUGGCUGCCGCCACGUGUUCAGAAUACGAACAGCAGCCACACACGAAACCCAUUAAUCAACUGGCGAUACAUUGUUUCAGUAGUUAAUGGGAGACACACGACCUCCGUUGUGUGGUUUCCCAUUCGGUAGUUUGUUCGUUUUAUGAACAGUGUUUGAAAAUCACUGUUUGUGGAACUCCAAACGGAACGCGGCGGUGUUCGUAUGCUGCAAGCACCGAAUGCUCUAUACCCAUACAUAUCAAAAAAAGGGGAAAGAAACGAAAAAUGCAACAUUAUGCCUACAUACAGUUCUUAAGUGGCUAGUUUUGUCACAUCUACCAAUAAGCGUGUCUCUUAAUGUUAAAUAAAAUGUAACUUUUAUUGUAUGAUUCCAUAUAAAAUAAACAAUAUAUAAUAAGGAAAACGGAUAAAAUCAAGUAUAGAAUGUUCAGUCCUCCCUGUAUAUGCAGUGCUGAGUCAUAUAUAAAGAAAGUAACAGUGUGUGUUAACAAAUUAAUGUUGAAACCAAAUAUAAUAAUGAUACACUGUUUGACUAGUGUUAAAGUUAAAAAGGCUUCCUACAUAUAUAAAAAGGGGGAAAGGUACUACUAUUACUAAACUAUUACAGUGAGAGAGUCUAAUGUGCCUUAGACUAACUUGACUAACACUAGUCAAACGGUGUAUCAUUAUUAUUUUUGAUUUCAACAUUAAUUCCUUAACACACACUGUUACUUUCUUGCUAUAUUACUCAGCACUGCAUAUACAGGGAGGACUGAGCGUUCUAUACUUGAUUUUAUCCGUUUUCCUUAUUACACCCUGUUCCAAAUUAUUAUGCAAAUUCUAUUUAAGUGUCACAAAGAUUAAAUAUUUAGUUUUUCAGUUUAACUCAUGGAUGGCAUUGUGUCUCAGGGUUCUUUUGAUCACUGAAAACAAUCUCGGACACCUGUGAUAAUUAGAUUGCCAGGUGAGCCCAUUUUAAGGAAAAACUACUAAAGGAGGGUGUUCCAUAUUAUUAAGCAGAGCACCAUUUUCAUGCAAUAUGGGGAAGAAAAAGGAUCUCUCUGCUGCCGAAAAGAGUGAAAUAGUUCAAUGCCUUGGACGAGGUGUGAAAACAGAUAUUUCACAAAAACCUAAGCAUGAUCAUCGGACUAUUAAGAGAUUUUCGGCUGAUUCAGAGCACAGACAGGUUUGUGCAGAUAAAGGAACAUUGACGAAGAUUUCUGCCAGAUCCAUGCAUCGGAUCAAGAGAGCAGCUGCUAAAAUACCAUUACAUAGCAGCAUACAGAUAUUUGAAGCUGCUGGUGCUUCUGGAGUCCCACGGACAUCAAGGUGUAGAGUCCUCCAGAGUCUUGCAACUGUGCAUAAACCUUCUAUUCGGCCACCACUAACCAAUGCUCACAAGCAGAAACGGCUGCAUUGGACAGAAAAAUACAUGAAGACUAAUUUUCAAACAGUCCUGUUCACUUAUGAGUGCCGUGCAACCCUGGAUGGUCCAGACGGAUGGAGUAGUGGAUGGUUGGGGGACGGCCACCCUGUUCCAACAAGGCUGCAACGUCAGCAAGGCGGUGGUGGACUCAUGUUUUGGGCGGGAAUCAUGGGAAGAGAGCUGGUCGGCCCCCAAAGGCGUAAAGAUGACCUCUGCAAAGUAUGUGGAGUUUCUGACUGACCACUUUCUUCCCUGGUAUAGAAGGAAGAACUUUGCUUUCCGUAAUAAAAUCAUCUUCAUGCAUGACAAUGCACCAUCUCAUGCUGCAAAGAAUACCUCUGCAUCAAUGGCUGCUAUGGGGAUAAAAGGAGAGAAAGUCAUGGUGUGGACUCCAUCCUCCCCUGACCUAAAUCCUAUUGAGAACCUUUGGAGCAUCAUCAAGCAAAAGAUCCAUGAGAGUGGGAGGCAGUUUACAUCUAAACAGCAGCUCUGGAAGGCUAUUCUGACAUCUUGCAAACAAAUUCAAGCAGAAACUGUCCAAAGACUCACAAGUUCAACGGAUGCAAGACUUGUGAAGCUGCUAUCAAAUAAGGGGUCCUAUGUUAAAAUGUAACGUGACCUGUUAAAAUGUUUAAAAAGUUAAAAUGUUGUUAUAAGUUUGAUUGAAAUAGCUUUUGAUUUCAGUAAAUAUGCUGCAAACACAACAAAUGACAAUUUUCAGUUCUUUACAACCUAUAAAGUGUUUUGAAACUUACUUUGCCUAAUAAUUUGGAACAGUGCAUUGUAAGUUUUUUAUAUUUAAAAAAAAUACUGUUAUUAGGAGGUUUGUUCAAUAAAAUUUGAAUUGUACUCUUAAUAGUUGAUAACAUGAGAAUUAUGCUGACUGUUAUUUACAUAAAUUAUUUAGGUAAAUGAGAAAAAUAUCAUUUGCAUAAUAAUUUGGAACAGGGUGUGUAUAUAUAUAUAUAUUUUAUUUUAUAUGGAAUCAUACAAUAAAAAUUAGGUUUUAUUUAACAUUCUCUUGCUAUUAACAGCCUAAUGUAGUUGUUCUGGUGCGUAUAAUAGCUCCCUUCAGGCAUUUUCAUGCAAACACUGCCUUUUCAGAGAAAAGUCAGUGUUUACAUUGCCCCUAGGGACACCUCUAAAUGGUCACUCCUUAAAUGGCCACUGGAGGUGCUUCCUGGCUCAGUGCUGCACGGUAGGCACUGUCCUGUCGUUCAGCGUCUCCACGCUCUGCAUGGGGAGGCUGAAUUUUCCUCAUAGAGAUGCAUUGAUUCAAUGCACCUCUAUGAGGAGGUCCUGAUUGGCCAAAAUGGUGUUUGACCCCGCCCCCUUGACGAUUUUAGCCAAUCCAAUGCUUUCUCCAUGGGAAAGCAUUGGAUUGGCUAAAAACGUCAAUUUUGAUAAUGUCACCAAGGGGUCGGGGCCAGCGCCGGCAGACCUGCACGACGCUGGAAAUAAGGUAAGUUUAUCAUUUUUUUAAGGGGAAAGCCACCUAAAUGGUAGGUUUAGCACUAUAGGGUCAGGAAUACAUGGCAGUGUUCCUUUAAGAGACAGACACACUUAUUGGUAGAUUUUGUUUUCUUUUCUUUUUUCUUAUUUCACACACACACACACAUAUAUAUAUAUCACAUGUUUUUUUAACUUAUGGUUGAGGGAUAGUGUGAUUUUUAACCUUAAAAGGGAUUGGUAUUCACAGUUAGAAUCACACUUAUUACCGAGCCACUCUCUCACCAUAUUGGACUAUUUCACUGGCUCAGAGCACAACCGCAUGUUCUGAGUCAAUAAAGGGGAGGGAGGGUGGAAGGGAAAUUUUAAAUGAAAAAAAUAAAUAAAAAAAUAGAAGGCUCAUUUUGAUUUUGCUUCACUUACUGCAGUAAUCUAUUUGUAGAUGUGUAUAGUAGUUGCAUCAUUUGGAAGUGUACCUCAUUUUGACCUCUAAGUCAGAUGACAACGUUUUUAUGACUCAUAAUUAUGGCUUUUAAUAACACUUUAGAAAUGUCUGCCUUCUGAUCUGUACUUUUAAUUGACUACUUUUUUAAGAUGUUACUGAAAUUAGCUCUAAAUCCUAGAACUCUCAUAGUGACUAUCACAUUCACAUUGAAUUAUUUAUAGCUGUGCAAGUGUUAUGUCUUGAGCAGUCUACUCCAGUCCUAAAUGAAAGCCAUGUACUCCCAGUCAAUUCAUCAUGAUAGAAUGUCCACAUCUAAUUGUGAUAUUCUUUUCAAAUAAUUUUUAUUAAAGUUUUUUUUUGUAUAACAAAUGAUAAUAAUACAAACAUUGUAUUAAGGGUAGGAAAGGAGGGGUAACAUGGAAAUGGGAAGGGGUAUCCAUCCAUCAAUGAAAUAAACAUAUUAAAGUAUAUGGCAAAAAGAAAAAUGUUUUACAACAAUGCACUUUAACAAUAAAUAUAUCAAAGACCAUAAAUUGUUUUGAUUUUUUCCUCCCAUUUAUCCCAGUUGUAUUUUAGUAUUGGGAAACCAUGCAUAUUGGCUCUGUGUGAUAGUUCAUGUGCCUUAUUUUCUAAAAUCAAAUUAAAAACUUCUCUGAGAGAUGGCACAUUUUGAGACUUCCAAUGUCUAGGUAAACAGGAUGUAGCAGCGAUCAGAAUGUGACCUAUGAUUAUUUUAUCUGAUCUAUUAACAGACUCCGGGAGUUUUUUAAAUAAGGCUAGUUCCGAGGUUAAGAUACUAAUGGUUCCGUUCACUUUAAUAAUCAGAUUGUGGAUCAUUUUCCAAUAAUUAAUUAACUUGGGGCAGAACCACCAGAUAUGGGCCAUAUUGCCCAAUCCCCCACAGUCUCUCCAACAUCGGUCCGAAUACAUAUUGUUCAUGUUAUGUAAUCUAGACGGGGCCAGGUACCAGCGAUAUAAGAUUUUAUAAUGAUUUUCAAAAUGGUCGGUGCAAUAUGAAAUACCUUUUAAACCUGUAAAGAAACCGAACCAUUCUUCUAAAUCGUACUGGGCACCCAACUCCGUCUCCCAUGACAGCAUAUGUUUUAAUUUAAUUAAGGGCUUGGCAUUAUGAGAUAAGUAACAUAAGGAUAUCAUACCUUUACUAGCGGGGCUGUAUAAAAUAACUUUCUCUAAAGGAGAUAUCUCAAGUGAUUUAUAAUUUUUAUCGGUUUCAGGUACCUGGUAUAGUUCUUUCAAUUUAUCAAUGAUUAUCAAACAUUCCAGUUCACAUGCAUUCGACAAUCCAUACUUAAGCUUCAAUUUUUCCAAAGAAAGAAUAGCAUUGCCAUAAAAAAAAUUGUCCAGAUUAGUUAUAGAGCAAUCCUUCAAUAAUUCUAUUUUUAAGGAUGGUAUAUGAUCUUUCAAUAAUUCAAUAGGCAUUGCUCUAUAUAAACUGGGAGACUGGUCAUUUUUAAAAACAAUGUCCCAGGCCUUAAGCGUAGUCCUGGUGGAUAAAAAUAAUUUUGUAAUUCCAGGUCUUUUCUUAGGAUUUAACCAAGGUAAUUCUGAUAGUCUAACCGGUGAAAUUUUUGAUUCCUCUAUCUCCAUCCAUCUGGGUUUAUCAUCCUGGUUGUUAAAGCUCACAACCACUGCAGCAUUAGUGGCGAAAUAAUAUUUGCGGAUAUCGGGGACACCGAUACCGCCGUUCAAUUUAUGGUGCUGCAGGGAAGUGAGCCUCACUCGGGCAGGCUUGUUCCCCCAUAUAAAUUUCAACAUUGUCGAAUGAACUUUAUUAAAAAAUGAUAAUGGAAUGGACAGAGGAAUGGUCCUAAAAAAAUAUAAAAUUUUGGGGAGUAUCGUCAUUUUAAUAGAUGCGACCCUCCCCAGCCAUGAGAGCUCCAUCCCACCCCAUCUCUCCAUCUCUUUUUGUAGGUCUGACCAUGCUUUCCUCAGGUUAUGAUUGUGCAUAUUGACCAAAUUUUUGCAUAAAUUAAUGCCAAGAUAUUCCAUAUAUUCAGUUCUCCAAUCAAAUAAAUAUGAUUUCUUAAGGGCAAUGGUUUCCAAAUUGUUUAAAUGAAACGGAAGGGCUUGAGUUUUGGACUCAUUUAAUUUGUAAUACGAUAUCUCACCGAAUUGAGUUAAAAUAUCCUUGAGGUGUCUCAAAGAUUCUUUUGGGUUUUUGAUAGAUAGGAUUAUAUCAUCUGCAAACAAACCAAUUUUGUGAACGGAUUCUUUAACUGCAAUUCCUACAAUUUGUGGGGUUGUCCUAAUCAGUUCUGCCAGGGGUUCUAUCGCUAAAACAAACAAAAUUGGAGAUAAAGGGCACCCCUGUCUCGUCCCGUUAGUUAGGGAAAAAGUUUUGGAUGUGAAGCCAGAAGCUGAGACAUGGGCGGAGGGUGCACAAUAUAACGCCUUAAUUGCUGUGAUAAAUGAUGAUGGUAUGUUGAACCUAUCUAAUGUUCUCCAUAAAUAUCCCCAAUGUAUCCUGUCAAACGCUUUUUCAGCAUCAAGAGAUAGAAGCAAAGAAGGCGUUUUGGUCAUAUUGAUGUGCUGAAUCAAGUUUAUGAAUCUUCUAGUUCCAUCUGGCGCCUGUCUAUUCUGCACAAAACCUACUUGAUCUUUAUUAAUUAACAAUGGGAUUAGUUUGGUUAAUCUAUUAGCGAGAACUUUAGAAUAAAUCUUUGAGUCAUUAUUAAUCAGAGAAAUGGGCCUAAAGUUAGGGCAUCUAUCGGGAGUUUUCCCUGGCUUUGGCAAAGUGACUAUUCGUGCGCACAAGGACUCCUCUGGCAUCUUUCCCUCGGACUUAUAGGAAUUGAACAAUUUAGUCAUAUGGGGAAUUAAAAUUUCUGGAAAAGUUUUAUAAUAUAAAAUAGUUAAUCCGUCGGGACCAGGGGCUUUUCCAGAUGGCAUAAGUUUAAUUGCCUCAGCUAUCUCUGCUGCUGAUAUUUCACAUUCUAAGCUUUCUAAAUGUACUGGAGAAAGCCGAGGCAAUGACACUCUGUCUAAGAAUUUAUCAAUUAUUGUUGUAGAAGGCUGGGGGAGGUCCAAAUUACAUUCUAAAUUAUAAAGUUUACUAUAAUACUCUGCGAACAUAUCACUAAUUUUAGUUGGAUGAAACACUUUUUGCCCCUGAUCAUCAAGUAAAUAUGCUAUUUUUGAUUGGGCAUUCACAUGCCGGAGUUUGGAUGCCAAAAGAGUUGAGGCCCUGUUACCUUUUAAGUAAAAUGUUUUCCUGAGACGUCUCACCAUGAGAGAUGUACGAUCUAAAUUAAUUUUGUUGAUUUUAGCCUUAAUUUCUCCUAUCAUUGCUGAUAGGGAGGACGAUGGACCAAAUUUAUUAGCUUGGUUCAAAUUAUACAGUUCUUUUUCCAAUGUUCUUAAAUUAUUGCUAUUAAUUCUCUUCAGGUAAGACGCUCUAGAAAUAAAAUGACCUCUUAACACAGCCUUAUGCGCAUUCCAAGUCACCUCGCCAGGAACCUCAGGCGAGGCAUUCUCCGAAAAAUAAUCACACAAAGCUUUCUCCGUCAGUGACUUGUUCACAACAUCAUUUAACAAAUAAUCACCUAAUUUCCAAGUUCUGUUAGGGGCUGAUGAGACAAUUUCGUCAAUAUGCAUUAUGAUUGGAGCAUGGUCGGACCAGUUGAUGUUUAAGAUAUCAGAUUUCAAGAUGUGCGGAAUUAAAGCACCCUGGACCAUAAACCGGUCCAGCCUGGAAUACAUAUUUUUAGAGACAGAAUAAUACGUAAAAUCUCUUUCAUUCUCAUGCAACAAUCUCCAAGGAUCGUAUAAGCCACAUUCAAUCAUAUAUCUGGAACAUUUAUACGCUAAUCUGUCACUGUCCCCUCUAAGCUGUCGAUCACGGUCUUCCCUAGCGUUAUCCAACUCUCCAUCCAUCACAAAAUUCGUGUCACCACACAUUACCAAGUUGCCUCUCACAUUCUCAUUCACUAAGUCCAUCAAUUUCCUAAAAAACUGCAACUGACCGGUGUUUGGAAAAUACAUGUUCACAAUAGUAUAUUCAAUAGUAUUAAGUGAUCCUAUCCAUAUUAAAUACCUCCCGUCAUCAUCCUUUAUAACUUUGUUUGUCAAGCAUGCUACAUUCCUGUGAAAAAAAAUCGAUGUACCUCUAGACUUGGAUUUAUAAGUGCAAUGGUAUUGAACUGGGAAAAGCUUUGACAUGAUUUUAUGGUCUUUAUCAUCUUUAAAAUGUGUUUCCUGUACACAAAGCACAUCUGAUUUGUUGGAUUUUGCUUCUUUGAAUAAUAAUCGUCUCUUGUGGGCGGUGUUCAGGCCUCUCACAUUAAAUGACAUAUAUUUUAAGACCAUGGUUUAUAUACCUGAUAAAGGGUAAAGGAACAUUCAAUCUUGUGAGAGUCCCAGCCACCACCUUCCAAGAGAGAAACAUGCAAGUCCAACAAAGCUAUUAAAGCAAACUCAAGCUGUGUACUUGUGUGUACAGGAAUAAUGAGUAAACAGAUGUUUACAAUUUGCAGAUGCCAUGUAUUAUGCAUUUUUGUAUAAAGCAUUGCAGUGUUUCGUGGUCUAAAAACAUUUCUACUGAACUUUAAAUGAUGAAUGGACAAAAAAUAUAAAAGAAUAAAAAAGGGGAACAAAAAACUUGGAUAUAUACCCCUAUCAGGGGUAAAACAAAAACAGUGAAAGAGGGCCAUGAGGGAGAACAAAAAAAGUUUCUCCAUCUCAGGGUGUUAGGCCCAGGUUGGGGGGAGAGAAGGCUACCGGGUGCAGGGGGAGCUAAUAUAGGUAGUAAAAAUCAAAAAGCAACUUUUCAAGUAUGACAAUUGAAAAGGUAAAAAGCACAGAACAAUAAAAAAAAAAAAAAAAUUAAAAAAAAUUAUAAAAUUAAAUAAAUAUGAAAUUAUAUAAAAAAAAAAAUUAAUUAAAUAAAAAAUAUUUUGAUUGUAUAAGUUUAGAAAGUUUUAAAUAGAAAGAUCGGUUUCUAAAAUAAACCGAAAAGGCACAGGACAAAUAACCGUUAGUGGAAGAACUCAGAAGUCUGUCAUAAAAAGGAGAAACAAAUCAAAAUUCAAAGUAAUCCCGAUAAAUCGCCGGACUGGAGCAGGACUCGAUGAUGACCAUAGAAAAGGAAGACUAUGCCUCUUUGGGCUGGGAUCUCAGGAGGUGUCCGAUUUGCUUCUCUUGCUGGCCUGAACAGGAGUAGAUGGCGAGAGUCUAUGAGGCGAAACCUGACGUCCAUUCAUAGUAUUGAUGAGUUCCAUUCCUUCUUCAGGCGACGUGACUAUAAAAUUCCGACCAUCCAUACGGAAAAGGACUUUAACCGGGAAUCCCCAUCUAUAUCUUAUCCCUCUUCGUCUUAGCUCCGCAGUAAAAAGUUGAAAUUCCCUGCGUCGCUUCAUUGUUUGAGCAGAAAAGUCUUGAAAGACCUUCAUGCUGCUGUAAUCUCCUGUGAGACCUGACGUGCGUACUGCACCUAGAAAUUCUUCUUUAAUGUGAUAGUAGUGGAAUCUCACUAUCACGUCUUUGGGUGCAGCUGGAGGAGCAUUGCUGGGUUUGGGCAAUCUAUGAAUGCGAUCCAGUAAUAAAUCCGUAUUUUUUGCGUUUGGUAGAGCUGACUUCGCCAUUGUCUGGAAAUAGCUUUGUAAAUCCUGGGAGUCGAUAUUAUCUGGGAUCCCCCUGAUCCUUAGGUUAUUACGCCUACUUCUAUCUUCAGCGUCGGCAAGCUUUUCUGCUUGUUGGUGCACUUGCUUUUGGAGCUCUUUUACGGUUUCAACCAGAUCCAGAUGAGAUUGCUCUUGAGAGUGCAAUUUAUUCUCUAUUAUUUCUGUACGCUGAUUAAUGCCCUCCAUGGCUCCAUAUAAUGUGUCAAAGUCAUUUUUAAAGUCAUUUUUCAAAUCAACUCUCAAAUCUUUGAUAAGUUGAAUUAUCAUGCCAGCUGACGGUGGCAGGUCUGCUGCCAAUUCAAGUGGCAUAUUAGGAUUAUAGGUCGCAGCUUUAAAUGUGGUAGUAGCCAUAUUGGAGGUGGCAGCGGUCAUCUUGGAAGUGGAAAAUACAGUAUCCGGACUGUCAGCCAUCUUUGUUGUGGCAACAUAACGUGUUCUCUGUGGUAGUGCAGAGAAGGCACUUUUUUGGAGCACUUCAGCCCCUAUUUCCAUUGAAUUAUCAUCUGGGCUUAUUGUAGCCCUUGCUGCCCCUUUAAAUACUUUGGGUCGGACAGCAGAGGCCCCCCCCGCCGGGACCGACAGCCUGGAGGCUGAGGAUCCCGACGGGGAGCGUGACCUCACACUGCCCUCCCCUUUACUAGCAGCCCGGUCGCUUUUGUAAGUGAGCGACCGGGCUGCCCUGGAGUGAGACCGCGAGCGGCUUGCAGGGAGGUCCUUGCCGCUCGCGGGAGACACAGCACUGUGCUCCGAGCAUGCCGAGUGCUCGGAGCACUCUGAGCCGCACACAGGAGUGCCGGCUAGUGCGGUCGCGGUCCCGCCGCCCUCAGGAAGUUGCGGACGGGUCGCGGCCGCACAAGCAUAAGUUCUGGGGAGGGAGACCGGGAGGGAGGUAGGGAGGGAUUUCCCCGACGCCACCAACGAAAGUUUAAGCGGCGAAACAAGCCGCGAGGCGGGUUUGGAAGCAGGGGAGCGAGCCUGGGAACCCUUACUCACCCCAGCCGCUCCUGCUUCCAUUUUCUUCGUCCCAGGAACGGAUUUUUCAUUUUUCUUUUGUUUCUGCAUGGUCACUGCUGAUAUUGCUUCUUGUAUCUUCACUCAAAAUUGUUCCAUUCAAAUUAAAAUUGGCACUUUUGGUACAAAGUUGUCCCCCUUAUCCAGGAGCCUCUCUAUAACGUGGCCAUCUAAGAUGGUGGCCAAGACACGCCCCCUAAUUGUGAUAUUCUCUAAGGACGAAGCUUUCACCCUUCAUAGUAACUCUAACCAUACACAGGAGGAUUGUACAUUAAAGUGUGCACCCGGAGAAAUGUGGCAUCUGAACUUUACUUUAGAAAUACUAAUAUCAAAAAAGAGUUAUAAAAUACACAUUUUUGCUCUAGUGAUAACAAGGUGUAACCAGAGAUCUUCUUUAACGUGAUAACAAGAAAAACUAAACUUACACAAAACUUUCUAAAGAGACCUAAACAAGGGAAAGGGAAGACAAUUUGGCACUGCAAAACAGAGUGACUAGUCACAACCUGCACAUCCCCUGUGUACACCUAUGAUAUAAAUUGGUCAUAAUUAAAUGUUUUGAGAGCACACACCACACACAAUGGAAACUACCACUUUAAAUCUUGAGGGUAGUAGUAUUAUUGUCAGACUACUAGUCAACCUUGGGAAAUAAAACAUUGCGGCAUUGGGUAAGGACAAAGAUAGGGGCCUAUUAGUGUCUAGAAUUUGGAGCUGUGUGUGAUCAGAAGGGGCAUGUGUCAGAACUUGCAGUUUAGUAAACAAGCACUUGAUGUGCAAGGGCCAGGUGAUUCCCCCCCUGUCCUGAGCAAUCUGAAAUAUGUGAGAACAUGCAUUUCAUCAUUAUAAGGUCCUAAUAUCAGUUGUUUAUUACAAUAAUUCCAUCAAUGAACCAUAUUAUUAUUAUUAUUAUUAUUGUUAUUUAUAUAGCCAUAUGGUUAAUGUGAGCUCCUGUUUCCCAUUACAGUUAUUCUAGACUUCACAGGUUGUGUAUAUAUAUAUAUAUAUAUGUAUAUUUUGGAAUAUAUAUACUGAUCAGCCACAACAUUAAAACCACUGACAAGUGAAGCAAAAACAUUGAUUGUAUCUUUACAGAAGCACCUAUGAAGGGGUGAGAUAUAUUAGGCAGCAAGUGAACAGUCCUUAAAUUUCAUAUGUUUGAAGCAGGAAAAAUGGGCACAGAAAAGCUAAGCGAAAAAAAGUGACUUUGACAUGGGCCAAAUGGCUAGACAACUAAGCCAAAGCAUCGCGAAAGCAUCUCCAAAAUGGCAAGUCUUGUGAGCUGUUCCAGUAAGAAGUGGUUAAUACCUACCAAAAGUUGUGAAAGGAAGGACAACCAGUGAACUGGUGUCAGUAUCAUGGGCGCCCAAGGUUUAUUGAUGCACAAGGGGAGCGAAGGCUAGCCCGAUCAUACAGAUAUGCUACUGAAGGACAAAUUGCUGAAAACCUUAAUGCUGGCCAUGAUAGAAUGGUGUCAGAACACACAGUGCAUCACAGUUUGCUGUGUAUUGGGGAUGCAUAGCCCCAGACCAAUCAGAAUGCCCAUGAUGACCCCCGUUCACGGACAAAAGCGCCUUCAAUGGGGACGUGAGCAUCAGAAGGAGUGGUCUGGGUGCCAACUCCCACUACCAUUAACCCUACAACUGUAAUUAUUGCAGUUUUCAUAAACUGCAAUAAUUACUUUGCAGGGAUAAGUCCUCCUCUAGUGGCUGUCUACUAGACAGCCACUAGAGGGCACUUCCUGGUCCAUAUCACAGGUUUUCUGUGCUAUAGCGUCGCUGGACGUCCUCACGCUGUGUGAGGACCUCCAGCGUCACUAAAAUUCCCAUAGGAAAGCAUUGAAAAGCAUUUUCAAUGCUUUCCUAUGGAGAGGGCUAUUGCGCGUGUGCGGCAUUGCCGCGCAUGCACAUUAGGUCUCCCCAGCCGGCGGGCAGGGUCAGUCUCCCCCGCCGCCUGACGUAAUGAAGGGGAGGAGCAGCGACGGAGGAAGAAGCAGUGACGUGGGACAUCGUCACUGCCUUUGGUAAGUGACUGAAGGGGUUUUCACCCCUUCAGCAACUGGGGAUGGGAGGUGGGGGGGGACCUGCAGUGCCAGGAAAACAGAUUGUUUUCCUGGCACUGGAGUAUUCCUUUAAAGGAUUUACUGCUAAUGUCUUGGUGCCAGAUAUCACAGGACACAUUUAGAGGUCUUGAGGAGUUCAUGCUUGAAAGAAUCAGAACUUUUCUAAGAGCACAAGGGGCACCGACACAUUUCUUAGGCAGUUGGUUUUAAAGUUGUGGCUGAUCAGUGUGUGUGUAUGUAUGUAUAUACAUACACAAACACAAAGAAAAGAUAAUGGUUUGCACACAUAAGAGAGACCCCUUCUGGACUAACUUAAUAUUACACUUAUUCUUCAGAUUGUGCACAAUGAAUUUAUUGAAGACAGCCUCAGCACCCAGUACCACACAGAAAAUAUCUACAACAGAUUAUGCAAAGGCCAAAAUAGUGUAAUACAAUUACAACACCAAAUAGUGUACUUUUGUUUUACGGUUCAACUCACAAAUGUACCGUAGGUAGAAUAGUAAACCUGUCUUUAAUAGUGAUGAUAAUCUCUGUUCAAGUGGAUCUUCUAAACGCUCAGAGAUGCAUGCAAAGACAAAUAAUAAAAACCAUAGUGCAACACUUUUAAAUCACAAACACUCUGCUUUAUUAUGGUACACUUACAAAAUGUACGAAGUUAAAGGAACACUAUAGUGCCAGGAAAACAAACUCAUUUUCCUGGCACUAUAGUAUUAAUAGGUCCCCCCCACCCUCAUGGCCAAACCUCCCACUGGGUUGAAGUGGGAGGAAGGGGUUAAAAUCUUACCUUUCUCCAGCGCCGGGCUCCCUCGGAGCUGGGGACUCUCCUCCUCCUUCCGACGUCAUCGGCUGAAUGCGCAUGCGUGGCAAGAGCCGUGCGCACAUUCAGUCAGUCCAUAGGAAAGCAUUUUUAAUGCUUUCCUAUGGACGCUGGCGUCUUUUCACUGUGAUUUUCACAGUGAGAAGCGUGGAAGCGCCUCUAGCGGCUGUCAGUGAGACAGCCACUAGAGGCUGGAUUAACCCAUAUGUAAACAAAGCAGUUUCUCUGAAACUGUUAUGUUUACAGCAGGCAGGGUUAAACCUAGAUGGACCUGGCACCCAGACCACUUCAUUAAGCUGAAGUGGUCUAGGUGCAUAUAGUGGUCCUUUAAUCAGCACACAAUGUAGUGAUAAAUGGUGAUUUAUUCAGUAAUCAAACACAGAGUGGCAACGGUUCAACAAUAAACAUGUCUUUCUCAAGUUUUAAUGCAAGUGUACUAUACUUAACAAUACAUAAGUGAACAUACUGUGAUUCAUCCAAUCACUAGGUAGUACACAUGUGCAAUUCGUUUCGGUCCGAAUAUGAAUUCGAAAAAUUUCGGGCAAUUCGGACAUUCGGGUACUUCCAAAUGUCUGAAUAGCCGAAUUGCCGAAGUGCCGGAUUGCUGAGGUCCCGAAGUUCAGAAAUUACCGAAUUUCCAAAGUGUUGAAGUUCUGAAGUGCCAAAGUAUAGAAGCACUGUAUUGCCUAAGUACUAAUAUACUUACUCAGUGGAAGAAGAAGAAUGUUACACUGUAAACAAGUUAAAAUAAAAAGUAUUCAAACAUAGCAAGGAUUCAGCUGUAAGCAUUUGCAACACUUACAACAAUCAAGUAACAUACAUUCAUAUAAAAUGUAAGUUACUUAGCCUGUCAAUGGAAUGACAGGAAUUAAUAAGUAGAUAACUCCCUAAUUCCCACGGUAUUAGGGAGCUAUCUACUAAAAGGCUGAAAGAUCUGAAUUGGUCUUUCAGCCAAAUUUACUAAUACUAAGUAAAUACUAAUUAGGGGGGGGGCCAGGGGGUAGGACAUUAGGUCCCCCCUCAAUUAGUAUUUAGGGCCCCCACCCACCGCCCAGGGGUGGGGUCCAGGGGGGAGGACAUUUGGUCCCCCCUAAUUAUUAUUUAGGACCCCCACCCAUCGCUCAAGGGUGGGGGACAGGUGGGAGGACUUUAGUGGCGUACAUACCAGGGUCGCAGGGGUCGCGGUUGCGACCGGGCCCGGCCCACCAAGGGGCCCGGCCACCCCGCGACCCGCGACUCCUCUUCAGCUCCCUCGCGGUGCGCGAGGGAGCUGAAGAGGAAGCACUGAGUGCUCCCUCGCGCGCCCGCCUGCCCGACCGACCGCCCACCUGCCCGCCGGGGUCAGCAGCACCACUGGACACCAGGGAAUCCCCCCAGCACUCCAAAAGGUAAGGAGGCUGGGGGAUUACAUUUAAAAAAAAAACGCAGGAGUGUGAGUAGAGUGUGUGUUAGUGAGGUUAGAGGUGUGAGUGUUAGGAGUGUGUUAGUGUUAGAGGUGUGUGCUAGAGUGUGUGAGGUUGAGUGAGUGUUAGUGUUAGAGGAGUGUGUGUGAUGUUGAGUGUGUGAGGUUAGAGUGUGUGAGUAAGAAGGUUAGGAGGAGUGUGUGUGAGUGUUAGAGGUGUGAGUGUUAGAGUGUGAGGUAGGAGGAGGUUAGGAGUGAGUAAGGAGUGUGAGUGUUAGAGUGUGUGUGAGUGUUAGAGUGUGUGAGUGUUAGAGUGUGAGUGUUAGAGUGUGAGUGAGUGUUAGAGUGUGAGUGUUAGAGUGAGUGUUAGUGUUAGAGUGAGUGUUAGUGUGUGUGUGUCUGCUAGUGAGUGUUAGUGUGUGUGAGUGUAAGUGUGUGUGAGUGUUAGAGUGUAUGUUAGAGUGCGUGUUAGAGUGAGUGAGUGUGUCUGCUAGUGAGUGUCAGUGAGUGUUAGAGUCAGUGAGUGUGUCUGCUAGUGAGUGUCAGUGAGUGUUAGAGUGAGCGUUAGAGUGAGUGAGUGUGUCUGCUAGUGAGUGUCAGUGAGUGUUACUGUGUGUGUCUUACUGAGUGUGUGUGUUAGUGAGUCUGUUUGAUGUCUGUUAGUGAGUGUGUGUUGGUCAAUGAGAGUGUAUGUUUUGUAAGUGAGUGUGUAUGUAUGUCUGUCGCUGAGUGUGUCUCAGUAAAUGUGUGUGUCUGUUAGCUAGUGUGUAUGCGUCUGUAAGUGAGAGUGUGUGUCUUCAGCACUUACCUUUCUCCAGCGCCGGACCCCCUUGGCGCUGGGGAUCCCUCAGCCUCUCAGCUCCGAAUGCACAGCACGAUUCAAAUCGCCCAUAGGAAAGCAUUACUCAAUGCUUUCCUAUGGACGUUCAGUGUGCUCCUCUAGCGGCGGUCAGUGAGACAGCCACUAGAGGCUGGAUUAAACUCAGUGAAACAUAGCAGUUUCUCUGAAACUGCUAUGUUUCAGCUGCAGGGUUAAAACUAGAGGACCUGCACCCAGACCACUUCAUUGAGCUGAUGUGAUCUGGGUGUCUGUAGUGGUCCUUUAAGUGUGUGCAUCUGCAUGCACUGGCGUGAUACCGCGGUCGCAGGGGUCGCAGCCCUGUAACCCCUGCGACCAGGUGCCCACCGCCAUGUGUUGCGCCCCGCUGCGCGGGGGGGCCCACUGAUCAAUUUUCGCACCAGGGCCCCAUGGGUCAUGUGUACGCCACUGGGUCCUCCCCAUUAUUUUACUUUAGGGCCCCCACCGGGUCCCCCCUUAUUCUAACACACAGGCUGCUCACUGUUUGCUAGACAUGCCGCUACUCGCGGUAUAGCGAGUAGGGGCUUAAUUUACUAAUACUAAGUAAUCUUUACUUAGUAUUAGUAAAUUUGGCCGAAAGACCAAUUUAGGUCUUUCAGUCUUUUGGUAGAUAAUUCCCUAAUACCGUGGGAAUUAGGGAGUUAUCUACCAAGCGGCUGCAAGAGAAGUUCUGAAAUUCCGAAGUUCAGAAGUGCUGAAGUUGCCGAAGUUCCGAAGUGGCGAAGUUACCGAAGUGGCGAAGUGCAGAAGAUCCGAAGUUGCCAAAGUUCUGAAGUGUCGAAGUGCCGAAUUGCCGAAGUCCCGAAUUUCGGAAUGCUGAACCGAAAAUGUUUCCCAUGCACAUGCUUACUAGGUAGUGUAUCAAUCACUUGAACAACAAAGUAAACAAACUAAUUAGGGUUUUAAACCUGAACCUUAGGCAUGUAGAAUAGCAGGGAAUUAACCCUUAACAAUCAGGAGUUUUAAAGAGUUUACAGUCAUUAUGCAAUAACAAUAAUAAAUGAUCACUUUCAAAAGAAGAUUGCAAAAGAGGGCAGGAGACACAGAUGAAGGACAGCAAGCCCAGAUAAUAUUGAGAUGAAUACUAAGGAAAUGAAUGCUAGGUCAUAUUAGAACUGUAUUGUUGAUUUCAUCUCACGACUACUGUGAUGCAACAUAAUGAUUGAGAAAAUAGUCAGCAACCUGAUGGACUGUCUGAACUUAGAGGGUUACUCUAACCCUUUGCUGCAAUUAGCAUUUUUAAGUUUGCAAUGCCCUAUUGGACACAGGGGCAGAUCCAGAACCUAAUUUUGGGAGGGGCACUGGUAGACUAUUUAAAAGAACAAUCCAGGCACAACCACUACAGCUCAAUGUAGUGGUUAUGGUGUCAGGAGUGCCAUGGUGCCCUCCCAGAAUAAGUAGUCAAACAGUUUGACAGCUAAACUGGGGUUUGCCGGGAUAUGAGCUGUAGUAAGGUAUAGGGUCAGUAGUGUGUGAGGGGUGAAGUAUAUGUGUUUCUAUCUAUAUUUAAAAGAAGAAAAACUACCACAACAAGAGGACAUAGUCUUAAAUUAGAGGGACAAAGGUUUAAAAAUAAUAUCAGGAAGUAUUACUUUACUGAGAGGGUAGUGGAUGCAUGGAAUAGCCUUCCAGCUGAAGUGGUAGAGGUUAACACAGUAAAGGAGUUUAAGCAUGCGUGGGAUAGGCAUAAGCCUAUCCUAACUAUAAGAUAAGGCUAGGGACUAAUGAAAGUAUUUAGAAAAUUGGGCAGACUAGAUGGGCCGAAUGGUUCUUAUCUGCCGUCACAUUCUAUGUUUCUAUGUUUCUAUGUUUCUAUGUGUGUAAGGUGUGCAGUGUGUGAGAGGAGUGAAGUGUGUGAGGGGUGCAAUGUGUGUGUAGGAUGCAUUGAGGGGUGCAGUGUGUGUGUUUAGGGUGCAUUGAGGGGUGCAGAGUGUGUGAGAGAUAUAUUGUGUGUGUGGAGGGGUACAGUGUGUGUGCAGGGGUGUAUUUAGCCCAAGGCAAACUAGGCAUUUGCCCUGGGUGGCACUAUUUAAGGGGCGGCAAAACAUGCCGCUCCCAAACGCCCAUUGAGACGUCCCCUGUAUUUUCAAUGUCAUGGCGGGGUGGGGAGGAGAGCAAGAGCUGGUCAGCUAAGAGACACCCUCCCCUUCUCUCCCCCUCUACCUCCCUCCAGCGGGCGGCUGGCUUACCAUCCGAGGUGGCGAGGGAGCUGUGAUCUCUCUGCUCUGCUCCCUUGCGCACCGUUUACAUAUACUCACAGACAUACACACAUACACUCACAGACAUACACACACACAUACACUCACACACACUCACAGACACACAUACACUCAAUAAUUACCUUGAGGGGUUAACUCCACCUCUAGUGACUGUCUACAAGACAGCCACUAGAGAGACUUCAGGGUGGUUAGGUGACCAAAAGCCGCCUAACUGAUGAUGGACGCCCUCACGCUGUGCAUGAGGAAGCCAGGCAUCUGCUAAAUCCCCAUAGGAAAGAAUUGAUACAAUGCUUUCCUAUGGGGAAGCCUAAUGCAAGCGCAGAGGAGGAGCUUGACCCAGCGCCGAGGGACAUCGGCGCUGGAUUCAGGUAAGUGACCAAAGGGGUUUUAACCCCUUCAGUGCCGCAGGGGGCACUGUAGAGAACUAUAGUGCCAGGAAAACAACCUUGUUUCCCUGGCACAAUAGUUUCCCUUUAAAAGUAGUAGGGAAAGGAAGGUGUGGGGAAAAUUUAGAUUAGUGGGUGCCCAGGUUUAGUCAUGCCUAGGGCAGUGCAAAACUAAAAUACCUCACUAUGUGUGUGGGUGUGGAGUGGUGCAGUGCGCAUGUGUGCGUGUGUGAGGGGGCAAUGUGUGUAUGUGUGAGGGGGUAGUGUGUGAUGGGUGCAGUUUGUGUGUGUGUGUGAUGGGUGCAGUGUGUACGAGGGGGCGUUGUGUAUUUUAAGGGUAAUAGUGUGUGUUUGAGGGGUGCAGUUUGUGUGUGUGUGUGUGUGUGAGGGGUGCAGUGUGUGUGAGAGAUGCAGUGUGUGGGGCAGUGUUUGUGUUGGGUGGGCAAUGUUUGAGUGUUUGUGAAUGUGUGGUUGUGAGCAUACGCAGGCCUAGGCCCUGAAGUGCCUCACGUGGAUAGACAAUUGCCAAAAACCUCUGUAUGAUAAGGACAAGGAUCCAGGAGAUAACAAUAACAGUACAAAAAUAAAAAAUAUUGUAACGGAUCACCUGGCACCCCGACUGGGUACCUUCGUUGAAGGAUGCUCCUAGCGCUUCCUGAGGACUCCAAGCACUGCAGCAGACACCACAAUGGUGGUGGGAAAGUUAUUGUGUGUGGGGGUAGGGAGGCAGAUUAAUAUAUAUACGUUUUUGCUUUUUUUAAUAAAAAUAAAUAAUCUUUCUAUCCCCCUCCCUUCUUACCUUUGCUCACUCCGGUGAGGAGUGAACUCUACCUUGUAGUUCCUGGGGUAGAGUUCACUCUUGCGAGAUCGGAGCGUUGCCAUAGUAACCACGGCAACGCUCCGACCUCGCGAGAGGAACCUGGUGGAGCUGCAGAAUAGAGCUCCCCCGGAUCCUCUCUCCCUCCCUCCCUCCCUAGCCGCAUCUCAGUGCCUGUGGGCCAGUGGGAAGAUAGUUUGUCUCCCCACCGGCCCAUGAAGGCACACUACAGGGCCGGUGCUCUGAUAGCGCUGGCUCUGCAUGGGCCGGCAGGGAAAAUACACUGAUCUCCCCUGUCGGCCUCGGCCCUUGGCCAUCGCGAGCCAUGACUCUCUGUAUCCAGCGCUGCAAGCCCGCCUUUCAAUACAACGAAUGCUCCUUACACACACACAAAAUACAACCCUAUUAUUUUAUACUUUAGGUGUUAGUGGAGCCUCAUGCUUGAAUUUCACCUAAGGCCUCAUAAAGUCUAGAGCCGCCUCUGCCUGGAUUUAAGUGCCUCCACUACUGCCAUUUUGUCUCUGAACGACUGAAAGCAGAUUAGGACAUCUCAGGAGGCCAUCACUGGAGCUCUAGUCAAUUUUAUUAGCUGGUACACGCCAUCCACUGUUAUUCUCUUGGAGCAGAAUGUGAGCCAGUAGGCCUCGGAUGAAAUGUGGUAAUGGGCCUAAUGCACUUGCAGAACUUGCCGCAUAUGUGCAUUAGCCCCCCCUUUCUGAUAAAAUUGGAGAAGCUGGAGCACUGUUCUAGCUCUGAGGAACAUCGGUGUUAGAAUCAGGUGAGUAAAUAAGGUGUUUUUUUAAACCUUUCUGAGCUUGGGAGGGAGGGGGAGAGUAGAGGACCAGAGGGCAUUAUUGUGGUAUGAAUACAACUUUAUAGAAUUAUAGAAUCCCUCUAAUUAUUCAAUUAUUACAUUUUGGAAGAUUGCAUCUUUCUCAAUGCUUCUUAUACAAAUGAACAUAUAACAUAUUUGUAGAGAAACUAUAAGGAGCAGCAACACCAAAAACAAAAAGGAGCCAUGACAUUGACCCUGAAGUCGAAACAUUGCCGGUUCCACACUGGUGGAAUAAAUCUCUUUGACUUUUAUUUUGGCGUUGCAGUUCCUUAUUGUUUCUUUACUGCAUGUGAGCUAGUUGUAAGGGGACCUUGGAGAUUUGCAUCCAAAUGUCUAGUGGAGUGCUAGCCCUCCAUAUUGCUUUGUAUGAGUAUGUAUUCAGGGCCGGUGCAAGGAUUUUUGCCGCCAUACGCAAAAAAAAUAAUUUGCCAACCCCAAUAUUGUGACAUUAAAAUGGGUGCCUACAACACAGUCUGGCCAACUGGCCAGUAUUUAGGCUCUUUGCUCAGUUUGCCUGGGCAGCUCAUUUGCCCAGACUCCAGUAAAGUCGCCACGUACUACGCAUAGGCGUGCCCUGCCUAUUUCAUUAGGUUGUGCAUCACCCUAUGUUAUUUUGUUAAUGUUAUGUAAUGUGAAUAUUUAUAUAAAAUGUUAAGUGGAUGUGUGGUGCAGGGUUGCUGUAAGUGUAGUAGCUAUGUGUAAGGUGUGUGUUGUGGCUUUCUGUGUGUGAUAUAUUAGGCUGACUGUGUGUAAUGUGUGUAUAGCUGUGAGUGAUAUGUGUAGCCGUGUGAGUAGCCGUGAGUGAUAAGUUUGGGCCGCUGUGAGUGUUGUGUGCGGCAAUGUGUGAUGUGUGGGACAUACAUAUGGGAAGUAGUUGAAGAUGGAAGAGGGGAGGUUUAGAUGCUGUAGUAAGGGUUUAAAGGCAGCUGACAGCUUUAAGAGCUGUAGUGGAUGGAUAGGGGCUGUAGUGGGGGAUAGGGGCAAUAGUGGGGUAAAAAAAACAGUAGUGGGGAGCUAGGUGUUGUUAUGGUGGGGGUUAGAAGCUGAAGUGAAGGUUACAAGAUGUAGUGUGGGCAUAGGGGGUUAUAAUAGGGGUAAGGGGCAGUAGAGGGGGGUUAGAGGCUUAAGUGUUGGGUUAGAAGCAGUAGUGGAGGGUGUGAGGCUGAAGUGAGGGGUUACGAGCUGUAGUGCUGCGUUAGAGGCUAUAGUGGGCUUUUAGACCUGUAGUUAGGGUUAGGGACAGUAGUUACAGGUUAGAGGCUGAAGUGCUAGGUUAGGAUCUUUAGUGGGGGUCAGGACCUAGAGUGGCAGUUAGGUGCAGUAGUGAGGGAUUAGGGGAAAUAGGAGGUCAGGACCUAUAAUGAGGUGUUUAGGAACAGAAGUGGGAGAUUAGGACCAUUAGUUGGGGGAUAGGGGCUUCAGUGGGAGGUUAAAAACUGUAGUGGAGGGAUAGGGGUAUCAGUGGGGAUAUAGAGGCAGUAGUAAGGGUUAAUGGAUAUGGUGGGGAAUUAAGGGCAGGUGUGGGGGAUUAAGGGAUAUGGUGGGGAAUUAGGGGCAGUAGUGGGGGUUAAGGGAUAUGGUGCAGAGUUAGGGGCUGUAGUGGGGAAGAUAAGUGCAGUAGUGGGGGAUUAAGGGAUAUGGUGAGGAGUAAGGGGCAGUAGUGGGGGGUUAGGGGAUCAUAAGAGUAAGGUUACAGAAAAUAUAUUUUUAAAAAAUAAAACUAGAAAACUAAAUGUUUCUUCCUCCUUCCCUGAGGCUUACCUUGGUUCCCUGGUGGUACAUUGGGAAAUGCAGCAUGUCUGCAGAAUCACUACAGUAGGAGGAGCAAGAACUUGGUCUGGUUGUAUAGACCAAGUUCUCCCUCCUUCCUCUCGGCAGCAGGGGCGGCUUGUGACUGCGGACCGUGGCUUCUGAGGUAGGGGAGAACUUUGCCAGGCUGCUCAUUUAUUAUUGAAGGGACACAUCAAACCGCUAAUACGCUUUAGCUUGCUAUAAUGAUUUCUGUGAAAAGUGCCUCUUUUUUUUUUUUUUUCAAAACUGCCAAUUUCAAUAGAAAUUGACACUUUUAUAAAUUAACCUUGUUACACCCCCAUAGCUGAAAGG